UGUGACGCGAGAGAGACAAGGAAGGACCGCACCAUACAGUCUCAGAGAUCGGUUUCUGUAAGAGUCCACUACGUGAGAUAGAUCUGUACUCUCUCUCUACCAGUGUUUCUCUCCACCGUGGAUGGUCACUAACAUACAGCUCAUUGAGAAUCUACUGUUGUAGGGAAGACUCGGAGAGUCCAGCCUCUUCAGACCAGACUUGAUGGGAACAUACUGUUUGGAAAGACUGGAUGACGGAUUACGUGGACUGUUAGAACAAUUAAUCACACAGGUGAGACAGGGAGAGACUCUGAGAAGAUGAUAGCAUACGUGGACUGUCUGUCCACCGAGCCGGUGGUAGGAGGAGGCGUGGGGGCUCAAUGCUGGAAGGGGGGCUUCAGCGAGGAUGAGGACGAGCUGCUUCCGGCCUGCUCGAAAGAUAUUCAAAAGAUGCUCUACCUGCAGCCCAAGAGCGAGGGCAGUCUGAGACGUCGGCUGCUCACCUCCAAGAUCCACCAGCAACGAGACGGACCGUGGGCGUCCAGGCCACUCGCCCGGGGACAACCGGACAACAAGGGCCUCCAGGGGCCACUACACAGACAGGACUUCCCCUACCCUGGCCCCAGCCCCCCCGGCCUGGUGCGCCACCAUCGAGCAGGCUACUCCUCCAGGGGCUCCCAGCAGCACACGCACGGCCACUGCCUGACCCAGCUACGGAAGACCAGCUACUCUCCCCCCACACCCGACCAUCAUCCUGGGUACAGCUUUCCCCCCCCACCUCUUUCUCCUCCAGGAGCAGCCAGCUACAGUCACACUGGACCUUCAGGAUACCCAAACCCUGGACCCCCAGGAUAUCCAAACUCUGGACUCCAAGGCUACCCUAAUCGUGGAUCUGCUGGGUACCCCAACUCUAACCCAAGACACUGUAAGCCAGCCUACAACACCACCCCCAGCAGCAGCCUUAACCCAGGACACUAUAACCCAGCCUACAACACCAACCCCAGCAGCAACCUUAACCCAGGACACUGUAACCCAGCCUACAAAACCAACCCCAGCAGCAGCCCUAACCCAGGACACUGUAACCCAGCCUACAACACCAACCCCAGCAGCAACGCUAACCCAGGACACUGUAACCCAGCCUACAAAACCAACCCCAGCAGCAACCCUAACCCAGGACACUGUAACCCAGCCUACAACACCAACCCCAGCAGCAACCCUAACCCAGGAUGCCAAAACACUGCCCAAGGACACAGCAACACUUACCUCAACUCUGGAUAUCCUUCCCCAAGACUGGGAUAUGGCCCUCCCUCCCUCCCAGGACCAGGCUACAGCUCUGGGUUUGCUCCCCAGUCCCAGCCCAGCCUCCCCACUCCUCCACCCAAGCAGAGAAAGAGGUUCUUUAACCUGCUCCGACGGCGCAGCUACAACACCAGCCAGAUCCCCUUCUCACACACCCCCCUCUUACACACACCCAAACGUCAAGACUGGAGAGCUGUCAGACUGGACGAGGACAAAAAGUGGUCGGUACACUACACUUCCCAGAAGCCUCAGCAGGAGACACGGCCCUCUUGUGUGGAUGACCGCCGCACCGUACUCAGAGAGUGCAGCAAGAAGCUCAGGAGAGUUGGGUAUGGCAGUUCACAGUACUUCUCCCAAAACCCUGCCUACCUCAGCCCCAGCCUAUCAGAGAACAGGCUGCAUGAUGACAUGGGCAGGAACGACAGACACCGGAAAAAGCGGUCUAAGCUGCUGGACUGUCUGUCUCAGUCCUGCUUCUCUGUCUGCUGGAGGAGAAAGUCAACCGGGUCAUCGCCAGAUGAGGACCUGUCGGCAUAUUCAUUCAGGCCACCACCGAGCCCCCCUCCAAACAGUUACGAAACCAUCGAUGACACAGUUAACGGGUGUGACAUCACGGCGAACAGCUGUGACCUCACAGUUGCCGAGGAGACAGAGUGGACUAAGCCCCUCCCUCUGCCGACACCAGAGGAGAAGAUGAGGCAGCAGGCGCAGGCCUCGCGCUGAAAUAUACCCAUCAACAUCACUGGUACACAUUACAUAGUACAC